AUGGAAGAGCAAAAAGUAAUUGUCAAUGAGAAACAGAUGGGAAAUAUAGAAAUGGAGGUAGUAGAAAAGGCUGAGGAAAGUAAGGAGACAGAGCAAUCGGAUAUACAAGAGUCAGAAAAUAGAAGCAAUAAUCCUGAGGGAGUAUAUGAGACCACAGAAAAAGAUCUAGUGGAGAAAGGGAAAAUAGUGACUGAGAAUGACAAGAAGGAUGGUGAGGAAUAUAAGAAAAUGGUGACAAAAAAGAUAGAAGAACCAGAAAAUGGGAAGAAAAAUUCUAAAGGAGAGAAUGAGAUAAAAGAGGAAAAAAUAGUAGAAGAGAAUGAAUGUAAAGGGAAAGAAAGAGUGACAUGUAAGGAAGAUAAGUUAGUGACAAAAGAGAUGGAGCAGGCAGAAAAUGAGAAUAAUAAUUCUAAAGAUGAGACUGAGAUUAGAGAGGUAAAGAGAGUGAAAAGUGAGAAAGAGGAGAAGGGGAAGGUGAGGGUGACAAGUGAAGAAAAUAAGCUUGUGAUUAAAGAGAUGGAAGAAGUGGAAAUUGAGAAGAAUAAGUCUGAAGAAGAGAAUGAACUCAGAGAGGUACUGGAAGAAGACAAAGAGAGAAAUGAUGAAGAGUGGAUGACAGGCAAGGAAGAUAAACUGGUGGUGGAAGAGCCCAAAGAAAAUGUGAAAAAAUCUGAGAAAGCUAAUGAGAUAGCUCGAAAGGAGAAAGACAGGGAAGGUGCAGUUUCUGGUGAUAAUGCACAGUUACCUGAUUCGAUCGAUUCCCAGCCUACGCCUAAAUCAUUGCUUCUUGCAGAUGAGGAUGAUGCAGAGUUCCACCUGUGGCCGUCAGAUGUCCCUCUGGGUCCACCAUCAGGUAGGAGUGGCGUCUGCAGUCCUGUCAACGCGUUUGACGACUCAUUGGUUGACUUUGACUCGGUUAUUUCAGCCCCCAGCCUAGAGGAAGCUCUGCGCCAGUUUGAGGAUGGGCUGGAGCGGGCACGUCUCCAAAACGAACGGGCAGCCCAGGAGAACUCCGACAGCGCAUUGGGUCAGUACGAUAACACUGGAAGUGCUGCAGGAAGAGCUUCAUCGGAGGACGCAAAUGACUACCAGUCGACACCCGAAGGGCAGUACAACUCAGGCGAGGAACAGAGAGCUGGCGAUACUGGUGACUCUGGGUAUAUGAGCACAGACGACUUGCACAAUUCACUGCACCGCAGCCCUGACGUAAGCAGCAUCAGUGGUGUUCCAAAAAACAAAUCGUCUCCACCACAUAGUGGGGUCAAAUCUGACCUGCCAGGGAGGUGCAAACCCUUUCAGAAGUUCACCAGCGACGACAAGGGACACACUGGAGAAAGUGGCUUCAUGGGGCCAGCUGAGAGGGAAAUCUGGGGCUAUCAGGACGACAGCGAUGACGAGUCAGAGUGGAGAGAGGGCGAGAGUACGCCUGUCAGGUACUACCCCAGGGUGCUGUCACCGGGACCACCUCCGAUGGGACCAAUUGCUGAGGAGGGAGAAGAUGGAGGACAUGAUGGGAAUAAGACAGUGGUUCCUGCCACAGGAGGAUCAUCUGCUGUGAAAGAUGAAGGCUUGAAAGAGGAGAAGAAAGCGAGUCCAUCCAUCACCCAUGCAUCGAAGUCCACUUUCUCAUCCUCAAACAAAAGCCCAGACUCGUUUGACGAUUCAGAUAACAAGAGUUCUGACAAUGCGUCUCUAGCUGACAAUGAGAGGUCAGCUACUCCCAGUGACGAUUCUCGUGAUAUGUCGCCGCAGGGGUGUCGAGAUACUGGUGAAGGUGACCCGUGUGCCACGAGUCCCCCAGAAAAACGUAUUCCCAGUGUUGGCAACUCUGCUGUAGAGUCAGCGAGAAGUCAUCUCGAAAGAGAAUUAAGCGUUCCUAUAAUAGUCAUAGAGGACGCGGACCUCAUAGACAAUCUGUAUACAGCAUUCCCACCACAGAUAGACCGACAGGUCUUCAGCGAUUCAGAGGUGUCCGGUGAGACCCAAGUCAAAACUCGACCACGUAGAAGGAGGCUUAUUUACUACGAUGACACUGAUUUAGACGUGACGAAGGCUGUGGCUGCGAGUGACGCAUCUGGAAAGCCUCGACCUGAGUCACGGAUAAAGACAUCCUGCAGGAAACAUGGAAUGAGGUCCAGAGAGGACAAGAGUGGUGCUAGUAGUGACGGGAGCCCUUCUAACAGCCAAGCACUGCUGGACACUGACGGCGAUGUGUCAUCGAGCAUUCUGUCAGAGUGUGCAGAUGGGACGUCUCGUUCUAAUGAGAAAUUCAGUGUAACGACUUCUGGCGAUGGGAACUCCAAUCUGGAUGUCAAGCUGGCCAGUUCCAAAGGUAUAGGCAAUGAAACUCCUGCAAACGUUUUCAAUGAUCAAACUGAGGCAGUACACACUGCUACUUCUGGGAAUCAUAUUCAUGAAAGUGUAAUUCCUGUACAAGAUAUUGUAAUACAAAAUAAUCUGCUAGUAACUGAUAGCACUCAGUAUCCAGACACUGACGAUGGAGGAAGCCAGAGUUGUGUACAUACAGAGGGCAAAGAAGCUGUUAAGGCUGAUCCAUCAGAUGCAUCCAUUCCAGGUGAUGUACCUGUGAAAGAUGAAGAUACUACCCCCAUGAUUAGAACUAGCAACGUCACCAUUUGUGUCAUUGGUGCCACUCCGACACCAGAUAUUUUGGACCCCAAUGGGGAAGCAGAUGUUCGAGCACCACAGGAUAACAAGGUCAGCAUUCCAGAUGACAAGGAUGUGGAUGAGAGUGCGGAAAAUGCCACUGAAUCUGAACCUGCAAUAAAAAUGAUGCAUACGAAUGAAGAACUGGUGCCAAUAUCUGAAGUCAAGGAAACGCCAGGAUCAACAGAUGGAGUUAUCACUGGAGGAGGUCAGCACCCAGCAGAGUUAGCUGGUACGGAACCGCCAGCUGACCACAGCAGUGUAGCUAGCUGCCUCGCUGCUGUCCCGGUACCCAGCAGGGUACCUCCAUCGGCGGCACAGAAGAGGGUGUCCCAUUGGAAGCAACUGUGGGACGUGCGCUGCAGCUUCCAGAAGAAGAGGGACCGGGACGGCGGAGUCCGGAGGAAGAGGAAGUCCCCGUCUAUUCGCAUCCCAGGCAUCGUCAGCAGGUGGAGGAAGAGCUUUGAGGCCUCGGCUGGAUCAGCCUCUUCAGCAGGCAUUUCAGGCCAGGGCGGGGCCGGAGCGUCCAGCUGCGUCGCUGGCGCCAGCGGCAUGACGCGCGCCAGCCGCAUCCGCCAGUGGCGCCAGUACUGGGACGGGCUGGCCAGCGCAGAGGCCGCCCAAGCUCACCGCGACGCAGGUGCCACACGUAAACUGUCCAAGCUGCCGCCGUCUGCUGUCGCACUGUUCGACUGCAGCCAACGGGAUGACCUGGGGACUCCGGACGAGUGUGCUCCUUCAGCCCACCAGCAGAGUGACAGCGACCUUCCAGCACUGUCCAGCUGGAGGUUCCAGUCCCCGACACCUCCACCGUCCUACCAGGAGUUGGUGCUUUCCGGAGUCAUCAAGCCUCCACAACCUCUGGCACCACGCAAGAAGCACCAUCGGGCACAUGUCCAGAGGGCUCCUCCUCUCUUACCUCUGCAUUCCACCCCUGCAGUCCGUGGUAGUCUCGAGGACCUUUCUUCUCACAACCCUCCCACUAUUGGCAAGCCACUGCAGGAAAUGGCAGCCCUCGAUACGCAAACACUCACCAGCUGCCCGACUGUCGUUUCCUCUGCUGAUCAUGAUCCAGCUGUGGAAGAUCAAAAAAUGAGUGUGAUAGGUGCAGGUCAGCAGAAGUGCACAGCCUCGGCAGGUGUGACUCCUGAGCAAGUGAACAGGUAUUCCAUUUCCAGCAUCAGUGUCGGUGAGGGGGCCGGAGUAAGAGUUGUGCAGUCACCAGAUGACAUAUUGGCACCUUCACAGGACAUGCACGAGAAACCCAUUGUGGAACUGAGAGAAGAGGUUGCGACGCCAGAACCUGAACCCCGUAUCCUAGAAACUAAGAAACCCCAUAUAUCAAGUAGAUAUAUUUCAGCUAUUGGAGCCAAGGAAGAGUCCAUAACAAGCACACGUCCAAAGACUUCCAAAGUGGUACAUCCGACUAACAAAAAAAGGGCCCAGUUGGAAGAGGUCGCAGAUGUACCAGUCAAAGAUUUAGUAAGGAAUGUAGGGCCAGUCAAGAACGUUGUUAUCAUACCACGAACUGCUAUAGACGAUACCUCUUACACAUCUGUGUACAGUACUGAGAGGGCAAUGUACAGAACUGGCAAAAUGGAGAGGGUCGAGGUGAAUGCCAACAGUUUCGGAUCAAAGACGGAGAGUUCUCAAGAUUUAAGCAAGAAACAGGAGCCCAGAAGAGAAACACCCACCUCAGUAGCUUGGGAACAAACAGUUGGAGAAGCCUCUGGCAAUUUGGCCUCUCCUGCAGUGACAGAGGCAGCAGUGACUUCUAGACCGAGUGUUGGUGACCGGCGUCAGAAGGAGAAGGACAAGGUGUCCCUGGCGGAGUUCCUUGCCCUGGAGGCGCAGGACUUCGACAGUGAGGACCUUGCCAGCGUCCAGAAGCUGUCCGGGCUGUUUGACGAAAAGAAGGCCAGGCCGGCAACUCCGUUAAAGACUCAGACGCCUCCGAGGUCACCUACGAGGAAGCCAGCGAUGCGGUCAGCUCCUGUCACCACCAUCAUUGGUGAUUCCAGGGACUCAGAGGUGCAGCAUUUGCCAGAGGUGAAAGUGCCAGUGGUUCGGGUAGUGGUGGUGGAGGAGGAGGAGAAGAAGCAGCAGCCUCCCUCACCGUCACCCUCCAGGAGGGCGUCCUUUUCUGGAGAACUCCGGAGCAGGCCGACAGCGCCCGCAGUGGCAGCUCCGAGGCCGUGGUCGCCCACGCCUCAGCCAUCUGCUGCUGCCGCAGGGGACCAAGGAGCAGAAGAUGCUGAGAGCCGUAACCGGUUCGAGCGGGCGCGCAUGUUCUUCCAGUCGCUGGAGAAGUCGCAGGGCUCCAGCAGCAGGUCGGGCUCCCUGGACUCGGCUCCCCCAUUCGCGGAGGCCGAAGAUAGCCUCUCCAGCCAGAGGACUAAAGGACAUAACAGACGACGGCGGCGCAGCGGCGACGGGGGCUCCGUGACGCCUGGUGGAGGCGUCCAAUGGGAGACGGGCGGACCGCGCUGGCAGAGCCGCCUGGGGGAGAGGCCCGGAGGCAGCGAGCGACUGCCGCGAAAGGUGUCCGAGAGGUUCCACGUCCGGGACCUGUUCCGCGAUGUGCUGGGUGAGGGCGGCGUGCGCGGCAUCCCGCACCAGCAGGCAGUGUUGGCAGCCCUGCGCAGUGUCGAGAGCGACGGCAGCCGACCCGUCUCCCCCUACGAGGAGCUGGCGGCCAGCGGGGGCAUCAGCAGCCCCGAUCCGGACCCAUACCCAGAUGCAGACUCAGAUCCAGAUCCGGAUCCAGAGCCAGUGCCGGAGUUGGACUGCCGGCGGGGCUGCAGCUCUCCGGAGCCGCAGGCGUACCUAUCCGAGUACCCGUACCUGCCCAAGACGCCGACCCGGCAGUUCCGACCGAGGCCGGCCCUGCUGCAGCCCACGCUGAUACCACGCAGGGAGCUGCUCAAGACGGAGUGACUCUCCACCGGCACAGGACUCCUCAACAUGGGACAGUCGUUCACUAGGGGAACUCCUCAACAUGGAACAGCCACCCAAUGGGUGCUCCUCGACUUGAUACAGCAAUCCAGUAGGAGAUCUCCUCAACAUAGGGCAGUCCUCCACUGGGAAACCCCACAACAUGGGACAACUAUCCACCAGAGCAUCUCCACCACAUGGGACAACUAUCCACCAGAGCAUCUCCACCACAUGGGACAACUGUCCACUAGAGGACCAACAUUAGACAAUUAUCCAUUAGAGGAUCUCCUCAACAUGGAGCAGUCCUUCACUGGGGAACUCCUGAACAUGGGACAGCCAUCCACUAGAGGAUCUACUCAACAUAAAGCAGUCCUCCAGUGGAGAACCCCUCAACAUGGUCAACUUUCCACUAGGGAUCUCCUCCACAUGGGACAAUUGUCGAGGAUCUCUUCAACAUAUAGCAGCCCUCCACUGGGGUACCCCUCAACAGGGAUCCACUAGAGGUUCUCUCUAACAUUUUACAACUAUCCCUCAGAGGACCUCUUCAACAUAGAGCUGGCUACUCCAUGGCGUGUCGUGUGCACAAUGACCAAAUAGUGGAUAUAAUUGGAAGGAAAAUCAGCAUUGGCUGUACUUCUGUUGUUUUAUUGCCAGAAAAAUCGAUGUUUGGUCACUUAGUGACCA